AUGGCGGAAGAGAUCGCCAUUGACAACAAUAACUUUUUCAAUCGCCUCUCCAAUUUCUAUGCAUCAUGGAAGGCUGAUAAGCGCUCGGGAAAUGCACUCUUCGGCAACGCAGGGUCCAUCGUCAUUCUCAUGGGCAAGACGGAUGAGGAGAACUCAUUCCAGAAGAAUAACGCCAUGCAUUUUUGGCUUCUCGGGUAUGAAUUUCCAGCCACACUUUUUGUCCUCACAACCGAAGCAAUUUACGUGGUCACCACCGCCAAAAAAGCAAAACACCUGGAGCCACUGAAAGGCGGGAAAAUUCCAGUGGAGAUCCUGGUUACCACCAAGGAUCCAGAGUCAAAGUCCAAGGCGUUCGAGAAGUGCCUGGAUGUUAUCAAGGGUGCAGGAAACAAAGUCGGUACCUUACCAAAGGACACAACCUCGGGACCCUUCGCAGACGAAUGGAAACGUGCUUUUGCAGACAUUUCGAAAGAGGUGGAGGAAGUUGAUAUUACACCAGCGCUUUCUGCUGCGUUCUCGAUCAAAGACUCUGACGAACUGGUGUCUAUUCGCAAUGCUUCCAGAGCAUGCAGCGGCCUUAUGUCAGAGUACUUCGUUGAUGAGAUGUCACGUCUGCUUGACGAAGAAAAGAAGAUGACGCACAAGGCUCUUGCUGCAAAGGUUGAUGCAAAAAUUGACGAACCGAAGUUUUUCAACAAGCUGGCACGGCUACCAUCAGAAUUCGAUGCUCGACAGAUCGAUUGGGCCUACGGUCCUGUGAUCCAGAGUGGAGGCAGCUACGACCUCAAGCUGACAGCAACAUCCGACGGCAAAAACCUCGAGCCAGGUAUCAUCCUGUCCAGCUUCGGAAUCAGAUACAAGACUUAUAGCUCGCUCAUUGCGCGUACCUAUCUGGUUGAUCCGACCAAAUCGCAAGAAGCUAACUAUGCGUUGCUUCUGAGCGUGCACGAAACAAUCAUGAAAGAGAUUCGGGACGGCGUGGUGGCUAAGGAUAUUUACACUAAAGCCCUGAGUCUUGUCCGGUCCAAGAAGCCCGAGCUUGAGAGCCACUUUGUCAAGAACAUUGGCGCAGGGAUUGGAAUCGAGCUUCGGGAUUCCAAUAUGGUCCUCAAUGCCAAAAACAACCGUGUUUUGAAGAACGGCAUGACCUUGUCUAUCACCAUCGGCCUGACUGAUGUGAAGGAUCCAGACGCGAAGAGCACCAAAAAUGGCGGUUAUUCAAUGGUCAUCACCGACACAGUUCGUGUUGGGGAAAGUGGUCCUCAUAUCUUCACCAAAGAUGCUGGUAUCGAUAUGGACUCGAUAUCAUUCUACUUUGGGGACGACGAAGAGCCCGAAAAGCCCGUCAAGCAGAAAAAAGAAUCGAAGUCUAGCGCCAUUGCUAGCAGGAACGUGACAAGGACCAAGCUCCGUGCUGAAAGACCAACCCAAGUGAAUGAAGGCGCGGAAGCUCGUCGGCGUGAGCAUCAAAAGGAACUGGCUUCCAAGAAAACCAAGGAAGGCCUCGACCGGUUCACUGGUGCUACUGGCGAUGACAAUGGAGUUGCGCAAAAGAAAUUUAAGCGUUUUGAGUCCUACAAACGCGACAACCAACUUCCAGCCAAGGUCAAAGAUCUCACUGUUUACGUUGAUUCGAAAACAUCAACCGUGAUUGUGCCCAUCAUGGGUCGACCAGUGCCUUUCCAUAUUAACACCAUAAAGAACGCCAGCAAAAGCGAUGAAGGAGAGUAUGCUUAUCUACGAAUCAACUUUUUAUCGCCGGGCCAAGGUGUUGGCCGAAAGGAUGACCAACCUUUCGAGGAUUUGUCAGCUCACUUUGUUCGCAAUCUUACUCUUCGAUCCAAAGACAAUGACCGGCUUGCACGGGUUGCACAGGACAUCACGGAACUUCGCAAGACUGCUUUAAGACGGGAGCAGGAGAAGAAGGAGAUGGAAGAUGUCGUCGAGCAGGAUAAGCUGGUCGAGAUCAGGAACCGUCGUCCAGUGAAGCUCCCUGAUGUCUAUCUUCGCCCGCCAUUGGAUGGAAAGCGUGUACCAGGAGAGGUUGAAAUUCACCAGAACGGUCUCCGAUACCUCUCACCGUUCCGCAAUGAACAUGUAGAUGUGCUUUUCAGCAACGUCAAGCAUCUUUUUUCCAACCAUGUGCCCAUGAAUUGA